AAUAAUCAUGGUAACAGCUCCAAUUAGAAAUUCGGGGACCCUUUGCCCGAACGAUGUUUGCCUGAAAAUGUUGUGGGCGUGCUACUGCUACUCCCGCUGCUUUGGAAUAGUUUACUACAGUUUUGAACGGCGUAAGAUUGCCAACUCUAACGCAACAGCAAGUCAUUGCGAACACAGGCAGAGUUUGUUCCUGCCAUCAACACCUAAGAUUUACCAUACUAAAUUCCGCGACAAUAUCCCACUGAUAGCCUACGAAACGAAGUGGAUGGCUUGGCUCAACAUUAUAAGUCGGAUAAUUUGUUGCUCAUUAUUUUUCUAUGGCGCAUUGAAAAUGUGGAAGUUGGACGACUACUUUUACAUAUACGUCAUGAUUCAGGUUUUUUUCCUCACCGCAUGUCCCCUGGUCGAGGCUUUGACUAAUUUUCGCAACAGACGAGAAUUUGUGUCCGCCAUUAAUGAGCUUUUAAAAUUAAUGCGUGAACUCGAAGAGUUGCAACCGAAUUACAAACUAUUUUGCUGGACUCACGUGGCCUUGCUGGGCCUGAAGCUGUCAUCAUUCGCCUACGAACUCGCCUGCAUUGUACAGGAAAUACACUUCACGCUCGACAACGGAGAUUUCUAUUCGAUUUCGCUGCUGAUUUUGGAGAUGUAUUUGAUGGUUGCCGUCUGGCUGAGCCUGCAUCUGAUCAGCAUUUUGUACAUUUGUUCCGACGCGUUGUUUGGUGCCCUGAAUCACUACAUGAGGCACAAUUUUAUUCCACGGAUCAAAGCCGUUGAAACACACAUCAUAUGUUUGUCAUCGCCCAGCUAUGUGAAUGGCCUAUACAUCGACCUGAGUGUCUUCUCGGAUUUUAUGAUCCGCGUUCAACGAAAUGCUCUGGACCUGCAUAACCUAUGUCAACUUCUGGUAGUGACCACUAUUCUCUUCAUUUACUGGGGCACUAUUUGUGUAAUCUACUACAUGGUCUGGCAAUAUUAUGAAGUCAAUCUGAUCCACAGUCGGUAUAUUUUCUUUAUUUUGAAGCUGCUAUUCGACAUUGGCUUACUGUCCCUCACCGGCCACCGCGUAAUUAGAGCUUCGCAAUUAGUUCGAUGUAUGGGGUUGGAGAAUGCCGCAAUGACUGACGAUAAGAAAUGGAAUAGGGAAAUUGAAUUGUUCCUGCAUCGGCUCAGCUUGAACGAAUUUAAGUUAAAUAUUUUUGGCAUGUUCGAUGUCAGCAAUGCAUUGACUCUGGCAUUCAUUUCCGGAAUUCUCACCUCGGUUAGUAUAUUUGUACCGUUCUCCAUUAAAACCUACCGCAUACAGCAGUUCCUAGAAAAUCGGAGUUCAAUGUGAGCUAAAAAUGAAAAUAAGGCACAGCACGGAGCACUUGCGUCGUCAUGGUUAACCACAGACCGUGACUGGAAACAGGUGAUUGCCAUUGAAUGUAAAUUUGGUUCGAAAAGGACGUUAGCGUCGAACUUUCACCCUAUAUUAAUGUAUGUUAAUGGGUUGCUGUAACGUUUAUAAAUAAAAACCCACAACUGUAUUAAAACGUAACUAACCCUUUUUUCGUGUUUUAAUUUGGUGGCAAAUACCAUAAAACCAGCUUUGUAGGAAAAUUGCACUCUCCCCGAAUAGUGGUUCCAAUAAAGUUUCGGGUGAAAUUGAC